UCCAACACCGUUUCACUACCAGCACGAUCAGCUGAUAAAGUUAGCUAAAUCUAAAUAAUUAAAUGGUAAUUUUUAAAUAAAAAUGUCGUUGACCAAAGUUUACGACGCACCAACAGUUUUUAGACACCUAAAUGGGAUCUUGAACAUAUAUAAGCCAGCUGGGAUGAAAGUCAAGCAUGUAAAAAAUGCGGUACUCCAUAACAUAACCAAAGAUUUAAAUAGUAUGCAAGUUCGCGAACCUCGUAAAUUGGAAACGCCGCUUUUGGAACCCGGAGGUGCUGCAAAUCCAUUAUUGCGAAAAAUAGAAUCGAUUGAUUUAGCUGAUCAUGUCUUGGCCACAGGGCCGAGAUAUCAAAUAUCCGACAUACGUUGUGCACUUGUAGCCGGUUUAGGAAUUCACACUAGUGGUGUAUUGUUAUUUGGUAUUAAUAAGGGCAUACGACAGUCGCAAAAUAUACAACGAAAUCGUCCGCUGCGUGCCUAUCAUGUAUCUGGCCGCUUAGGCAUCGCUACAGAAACACAUUUUUCUGAUGCACGCAUAACCGUACGGGCUUGUUGCCAGCAUGUACAUCCAGAACGUGUGAGCGCAUUGGCCGCUUCCAUGCAGGCUUCACAUCAACGUAAAAUGUUCGAACUCUGUGGUGUCGACCUGCAAUCCCAAGCGGCCUACGAAAUCGCCUGCAAAGGUCUAGUACGACCAGCUGAUACAUCACAUCCCGUAAUUUAUGGCAUCAAACUGAUUGGCUUUCAACGUCCUGAUUUUACAUUGGAGGUGCAUGCGAUUAACGAAUGUGAAGAUUACUUAGCAUCCUUGGUAAACGAAAUGGGCAUUGAGUUGCGAACGGUAGCGCAUUGCACGUCUAUACGCUGCAUCCGACACGGGCACUUCAGCGUUGAGAACGCUCUGCUGCGUCAUGGUUGGACCGUAAGAGGCGUUAUGAAAAACAUGCGACAACAGUGGCAAGUUCUGAAGGAACAUCCACAUCUUUUGGAGCAAGAUAAAAUUGAACUUAGAAGUGAUUAGGAAAAUUGGUUUACAACUUUUGUUAGGAAAUUAAAUUAUAAAUUAAAGUAUUGACAAAUAUA